GAGACCAUCGAUAAGGCAUAUCGUCGUGCUGCCAUAAAAUUUCAUCCUGACAAGAACCGCGCAAACGCAGAGGCAGCUACCAAGAAAUUUCAUCAAUUAUCAAAGGCAUAUGAAACAUUAUCUGAUCCUAUUAAAAAACUGAAUUAUGAUAAUACCCAUAAGGCUCGUCUUGCAGUCAAAAAAAGAUAUGAAGCUUUGAAUGCAAAAAGAAAGGCCAUGAAAGAGGAACUUGAGGAAGGCGAAAAAAUUGCGAAACAAGCAAGAAAUUCAGUCUUUACCGAGGAAUCUAGGCAAGCAAAGAUCGAACUUUCAAAAUCUACCAUAAUUCCUUCGUCCUCAUCUCCUUCUGCUCCACCCAUAUAUAAGAAGCCGAAUUUUAAUGCUAGCGAUUUUGAAUUGAGGGUUCUGAAUAAAAUGAAGGAAAGAGAAAAAUUGGAUAAAGAAUUACAUGAAAGAGAGUUAUCUGGGAUGAGACAAGAGGAACUUUGA